AUGAAGUCUCUUCUCGCGUUCGCCUCUGUCCUAGCGGCGGCUCUUGUGUCUGCCCAGACGUUGCCGGACAUCCCGGGUUGUUCGAUGCAGUGUUUUCUUGAUGCUCUGAUGAAUGACGGCUGUCCGGGACUGAUGGACUUUGGCUGUCAUUGUCAGAAACCCGAACUCGUCAGCAAGGUCACGCCCUGUGUGAAGUCGUCCUGUGGGAUCCCGGAACAGGCGACGGUGUCCGACGUGGUCAUGAAGCAGUGCGCCUCGGCGGGCCAUGCCAUUUCGAUCCCACCGGUUGGUGAGGCGACGCCCACGGCUACCGCAACCAGUUCGACCGACACUGCGUCCAGCUCGGUCUCACCCCCAUCCAAUACCAUGUCGUCGUCUGGAACGGGAGCGGUCACGGAAACCCCGUCGGGCGCCGGGUCGAUGACACUACCCACGGAAUCAUCCACAGGGGGUCCCCAGCCCGGCUCGUCCAACACGGCCUCGCCAACGCACAAAACGUCGACCUCGUCCACUUCGUCGACCAUGCCAGGGCAGACCCAUUCUGGCGGCGCCGCUCCCCCGGUCUUUACUGGCGAUGCGACACAUGUCAAGCACAACAUCGCGGGAGUUGCGGCUGCGGCUGCCGCCAUUGUGCUGUUUUAA